AGUUUUCUUAUGACUGAAUCUUCUCUGUUCCCAAAAAGAAAAAAAAAAUCACUCUGAAUUCAAAAAAUCUGAACCUAUAAUUUCGGAAUCUUAAUUACGCGUCAUCAUACGUAGUCCUUACUGUUAGCUGUAUAAAUAGCUGUAGCCAGCUUGAAUAAGCAUGUCUUUAUCUCAAAUAAUUUGUAAUCAUGUCCAACAUCGAAAAGUUUGUUAAUGACAGCAUUGCCAACAACAAGGUUGUUGUCUUCUCCAAGUCGUACUGCCCUUACUGCACCAAGGCCAAGAAGAUUCUUGCCGAUUUGAAGGUCGAGGUCUUUAUCGUUGAAUUGGACAAGCAUGCCGAUGGCGCAGCUAUUCAGGACUAUCUCCAGACCUUGACCGGUCAGCGUACAGUUCCCAACAUCUUCAUUAACACCAAGCACAUUGGCGGUUGUGAUUCCCUUACUGCUAUCUACAACAGCGGUGAACUUCAAAAAUUACUUUAAAUAAAUCAUAAAAAUUAUAUGU